UCUGUACGGCCCAGAGGCAGCCCGAGCAGUCGCCGGGUCGGUAGAGGUGCUGACAGGGCGGAGCCGCCGCUUGGCUCAGCCGGCCUCACUCCUCCCGCCCGGGACAGGUGGCUGGAGCGCGCCCCGCCUCCGCCAGCUGCGAGUGGGAGCCAGGGAGGGCCGGUCCCGGACGGUCGCCGCCAGCUGCGAGUGGGAGUGAGCAAGGGCUAGUCCUGGACCGCCGGGCCAGGGGUCCGGCGGCAGCAGACGGGUACCCUGGCGGCCAAAAAAAUGCUCCUGUACCGAGGGGCCCCCGCCGGUCCUGGCGCGCCGGGCUGCGGGCUGGCCCGGCCCGGCGGCGGCCCGCAGGCCUUCGGGAUCCGCCUGAGCACGAUGAGCCCCCGCUACCUCCAGAGCAACUCCAGCAGCCACACGCGACCCUUCAGUGCCAUCGCGGAGCUGCUAGAUAAUGCUGUAGAUCCAGAUGUAUCUGCCAGGACGGUCUUUAUAGAUGUUGAGGAGGUCAAGAAUAAAUCUUGUUUGACCUUUACCGAUGAUGGAUGUGGGAUGACACCUCAUAAACUACACCGAAUGCUCAGCUUUGGCUUUACAGAUAAAGUAAUAAAGAAGAGCCAGUGUCCCAUUGGGGUCUUUGGUAAUGGUUUCAAGUCAGGCUCCAUGCGGCUAGGAAAGGACGCCCUUGUCUUCACCAAGAAUGGGGGUACUCUCACUGUUGGACUUCUGUCACAGACCUAUCUGGAAUGUGUCCAGGCCCAGGCAGUUAUUGUACCAAUUGUUCCAUUCAACCAGCAAAACAAAAAAAUGAUUGUUACCGAGGAUUCAUUGCCCAGCCUAGAAGCCAUCUUGAACUAUUCCAUUUUCAACAGUGAAAAUGACCUGCUGGCCCAGUUUGAUGCCAUCCCAGGCAAAAAAGGCACUCGUGUUCUCAUUUGGAACAUCCGCAGUGCAUUUUUUGUCCUUUGGAGCCAGUUUUUGUUAGAUUGGUACUUGUCUGUUUUCCCCAGAAAUAAAAAUGGAAAAUCUGAGUUGGACUUUGAUACAGAUCAAUAUGACAUCCUGGUAUCAGACUUUGACACAGAAGAAAAAAUGACUGGCGGUAUUACCUCUGAGCUGCCAGAAACAGAAUAUUCUUUAAGGGCAUUUUGUGGUAUUCUAUACAUGAAGCCACGGAUGAAAAUUUUUCUGCGUCAAAAGAAGGUGACUACCCAGAUGAUUGCCAAGAGCCUGGCCAAUGUAGAAUAUGAUACAUAUAAACCUACCUUCACAAAUAAGCAGGUGAGAAUCACCUUUGGGUUCUCUUGCAAGAAUAGUAACCAGUUUGGAAUAAUGAUGUAUCAUAACAACCGACUCAUAAAAUCCUUUGAGAAGGUGGGGUGCCAGGUGAAGCCAACUCGUGGAGAAGGUGUAGGAGUAAUUGGAGUCAUUGAGUGCAAUUUCCUAAAACCUGCCUACAACAAACAAGACUUUGAGUAUACCAAGGAGUACCGGUUAACAAUAAAUGCCCUUGCCCAGAAGCUCAAUUCUUACUGGAAGGAAAAAACAUCUCAAUAUAAUUUUGAGACCUCAGCUGUAGCCAGGCCAAUACCGAGGGUUCCUGACCAGACAUGGGUUCAGUGUGAUGAGUGUCUUAAAUGGAGGAAGCUUCCUGGCAAGAUUGAUCCAUCCAUGUUACCUGCAAGAUGGUUUUGUUAUUAUAAUUCCCAUCCAAAGUACAGGAGAUGCUCUGUUCCAGAGGAACACGAACUCACUGACGAAGACCUGUGCUUGAGCAAAGCUAAGAAACAAGAACAAACUGUUGAGGAGAAGAAGAAGAUGCCUACGGAAAAUGAGAACCACCAGGUAUUCAGUAAUCCACCAAAGAUCCUUACUAUUCAAGAAAUGGCUGGAUUGAAUAACAAGACAAUUGGAUAUGAGGGAAUUCAUAGCCCUAGUGUGCUUCCAUCUGGUGGAGAAGAAAGCAGAUCACCUUCUCUUCAACUUAAGCCUCUGGAUUCCAGUGUUUUUCAGUUUUCCAGUAAGUACAAAUGGAUCCUAGGUGAAGAACCAGUAGAGAAACGAAGAAGGCUCCAGAAUGAGAUGACAACACCUUCUCUAGAUUAUUCCAUGCCUGCUCCUUACAGGAGGGUAGAGGCACCUGUUGCCUACCCAGAAGGGGAGAACAGCCAUGAUAAAUCGAGUUCUGAGAGAAGUACACCACCAUACCUUUUCCCAGAAUAUCCAGAAGCAAGCAAGAAUACAGGUCAGAAUAGGGAGGUUUCAAUUCUGUAUCCUGGGACCAAAGACCAACGCCAGGGGUCCCUGCUUCCUGAAGAAUUAGAAGAUCAGAUGCCAAGAUUGGUGGCAGAAGAAUCUAACAGAAGUAGCACAAGCAUAAACAAAGAGGAAGUGAACAAGGGACCUUUUGUAGCUGUUGUUGGUGUUGCCAAAGGUGUUAGAGAUUCAGGAGCUCCCAUUCAGCUGAUCCCUUUUAACAGAGAGGAGCUUGCUGAGAGACGAAAAGCAGUUGAAUCCUGGAACCCAGUGCCUUAUUCUGUGGCCUCUGCUGCAAUCCCUGCUGCAGCCAUUGGGGAGAAAGGAAGAGGCUAUGAGGAGAAUGAAGGUCGUAAUACACCAAAGAUGAAGAACCAGAGAGAGCUGGAAGAAUUGAAGAGAACCACAGAAAAAUUGGAACGUGUUUUGGCUGAAAGGAAUUUGUUCCAGCAAAAGGUGGAGGAGCUGGAACAGGAGAGGAAUCACUGGCAGUCUGAAUUCAAGAAAGUCCAACAUGAAUUGGUGAUCUACAGUACCCAGGAGGCGGAAGGCUUGUACUGGAGCAAGAAACACAUGGGUUAUCGCCAAGCUGAAUUCCAGAUUCUGAAAGCUGAGCUGGAAAGAACCAAAGAGGAAAAGGAAGAGUUAAAAGAGAAAUUGAAGGAAGCAGAGACACACCUGGAAAUGCUGCAGAAGGCUCAGGUCUCCUACCGGACCCCAGAGGGAGAUGACCUAGAAAGGGCUUUGGCAAAGCUUACGCGGCUACGUAUCCACGUCAGCUAUCUCCUUACUUCUGUCCUCCCUCACUUGGAGCUUCGUGAGAUCGGGUAUGACUCAGAACAAGUGGAUGGGAUCCUGUACACGGUGCUGGAGGCAAAUCACAUACUGGAUUGAGCACCAGACUGUAUACCCUUCUCUUCUGUCUCUUCUCUUUUCUCUCACUCCCCCACAUCUGUGUCUGUCUUUCUCUCUCUCUCUCUCUCUCACCCUCACCUUUAUGCCUUAUAUAGAGAAUCUCUGUGUAAAUCCUGGCUCAUAAUCAGUCUCCUUCUUAUCAGUUUUAGUGUGGAGAAAGAGGCCGGUUUAAAUAGACUUUAAAGAGUCUAGGAAUAGAAAAGCAAUAGUCACCAAGCUAGGUGACCUGAAAGCUUUAAUUUUCAUGACCUGGAUAUGUGGUCUAUUUUAUAUCUUUUUCUGAAAUGUUUUGUAUUCACUUAGGUUAAAUCAAUCAGCAGAUAUUGGGUCCGGUAUACCAGGUGUUUUGGGGGUAAGCUAAUAAGUAUAACUCAUGUUUGCAGCCUUCGAAGAUGUAACAAUCUCGUUGGAAACAUAAGACAUACAUCACAUUAUACACAAAAGUGUAUGAUAUGUACAACUGAGUGGUACAGAUAUGACAUGGAAGAUCUGGGGGAGGAAGUUCAAGGAAGGCACCACACCAGAAAUGGGACCUAAAUUAAGGCUUAAAGAAUGAGCAUGGCCACACUGUCAAUGAGUGUUCUUUAGGUGGUAGGACUAUGGUUGAUAGUUUUCUUCUUCCUAUCUUCCUGCCUUUUUCAGAUUUUCAGUAUUAAACUUGUUAUUCUUACAUUGGAAAAAAUAAAUUGUUUUUAAAAAGAUCAAGUAGGCUUGGAUUUGAAUAUCAAAUGAGAGAUUAUGUGAAAAUAUAAGGUAAUGUUAUAUUUCUAAUUUAUAUUAAAUUUAGCAUUACCUCUGGAAGAAGAAAAGCAUAAACAAAGGCGUGGAAAAAUUUGGAAUGUGAAAAAUGUGUUUGAUAGAAGUGGUGGGUUAAUGUAAAGGGAACUAAGGUUACAUCAUGAUCUGUUCACCUGCUUUGGUAUUUGCAUUUUAAUAAGGGAUUCUUGAAAAACAAACCUAUAAGGCUCAAAUUAAAAAAUAUAUUUAUCAUCAAAUUAAUGGGAUUUCGGGUUGUUAGGGAAGUAUUUUAGAGUGGAAUCUAUCUGGUGUCCCCCAGAAUAUACCUACUCACUCUUCAGGCUAGUGCUGAGUGAGGGGUAAACCUCAUACUAUCAGAAAUAGUAAAACUUAUUCUCUUGUAAAAGGA